UACAACAUGAGAUUACUUUAAUAUUAAUGUUACUCACAUAACUCUUCUAUUUUGGAGAGCAAAAUUAUUAAAAGAUGUUUUAAAAAUAUUAUUCUGUUAUAUUUGCUUGUUUUAUUUUAUGUUUUCCUUUCUAAUGAAUCAGCAUUCAUCUAUUGCAUUCACAUCACUAUGAACACAGCUUCUUUGCCUAUGAAUGCAGUUUGUUUCUCACACUUGCACAGAAGAAACUUCCACAAUUUAAUACCCUAAUGGGCCUCAAUAAAUAUGUCUAAAGAGCAAAUGUUGAUCAUAAUACUAUGUUUAUUGAAAAAUGUAGUUUCUUUCAUGAAUAUACACAAUGGAGUGAUUACAUGAACUUUCCUUAUACUUUAAAUUAUAAAGGAAAUAAUCAAAUUCACAUGCAAUGAUCUAUACAAAAUAAAUCUUGCAUAGUGAAUAUCCUUCUACACCAGGAAAUAUGAACACCUGACAGGUAGAUAGCACAGGUACCAAGUGAGUGUAUGGCAAGAACAGUGUGUAUAGAGACUAAACUUGGAUUAAAAGACAGGAAGGCCACCAUUACUGAAGUCAGUCACAGAAUCUCACGAUGGACCCCCGUAUCAGUGCCCAGGACAUGAUGCGAUGUGACUUGUGUGAGACCGCUAUGGUACAGAUGCACUGUGAUACAUGUCUUGUUAACCUGUGUAUAGCUUGUGUAGGAAAACAUAUGAUAUCUGAUCAAUCCAAAAAACAUGAAAUUGUCCCAUUCAAGCUUAAAAAAUCUAUAUCCCUAUGUUUUGAUUGUACGUCUCAUGUCAAAGAACGAUGUAGAAUGUACUGUCAUCAAUGUGACAUUCCUGUCUGCCAUAAGUGCAUCAAUGCAUCUGAUCAACAUCUAGGUCAUAAAUUAUUAGAAUUAUGGAAAGUUGUGGAUGAAAAAAAGGAAAAAUUCACCAAAGAACAAAUUGAGCUAAAUAAGACAAUAUACCCAACCUACCAGGACAUUGCUUCUGGUGUACAAAACAGAAUGAGUCAGUUAGAAAAGGAAUAUGGAGAUCUCUCAACAGCCAUAACAAAACAUGGAGAGGACUGGCACAGAGAAAUUGACAAACUUGUCCAGGAACUUAAAGCUGAAGUUGAUGUGAUGAAAAGCACACAGUUACAAACUCUACAGAAACAUCUGGAUGAAAUAAACAAGACAAUGUCUGACAUCAAGGAUGAAAUUAAUACAAUGGAAAUGGCUAUAAACACUAAUGACUUGUCAAAACUAUUAAAAGUCAAAUCCAAUGUACAUUUGUACAAAAAUCUUUCACAAAAAUGUGUACCUACAUGUAUUUCACCCAAACUCCUUCCUGGAAAAAUCCAAGGAGUAAAACUUAGUGAACUGUUUGGAGCCAUAUCAUCAAACCAUCUCAUUUCAUAUGAACAACUGCUUGAAGAACCAAAGACUGUCACCACCAUAGACACUGGGUAUGGAUACCUUUACAAUGUGGCCUGUCUGAGUGAUGAAGAAAUCUGGACAAGUGGAAAUAGCAACACCAUGAAACUCUUCAGCAUCAAUCAGGGAUCACUACUCAAGGCAAUCAGAACCAAGUCUGGGAACCUACUAACUGACAUAAAAGUGACAAAAAGUGGAGAUCUAGUUUACACUGAAUAUAAUGGUGGAACUAUAAACACUGUUAAGAAUAAGAAGAUAGAAGCAAUCAGACUCCAGAACUGGAAACCUCGUGGUGUCUGUAGUACCUCCUCUGGUGACCUCCUGGUUACCAUGUACAAUGAUGAUUACAAACAAACAAAAGUUGUCCGUUACUCUGGCUCCACAGAGAAACAAACCAUUCAGUUUGAUGAUAAAGGUACACUGGACAUACUCCUGCUCCAAAGAACCAACCAUUCAGUCCACGAGGAAUCACCACAGACAGUCAGAAUCGUAUCCUUACAGCUGAUGAUAAAAAUGACUGUGUCCACAUCAUAGACCAGGAUGGACAGUUCCUCCGUUACAUAGACUGUGGACUGAGUAAACCCUGGGGACUGUGUACAGAUACAAAUGACAAUCUGUUUGUUGCUCAGUAUGGAACAAGACAAGUGAAGAAAAUCAAAUAUUUGAAGUGAAAUACAUCACUGUGUUGUAUUUGAUUUAAACUAAACAACAAAAGAA